ACGAAGGAAAAGUCGCUGUAAAACAUUUGAUAAACUUGUCGCUUGGCAGGUAGCAUAAAAAAAGGAAAAACACAAAAAAAACACAACAACAACAAAAUUGGAGCAUUUCUUUUAUGCCUACUCCAGACUCCUUAGGGGGGAGAGAGUGUGGGGACAUUUCAAUGGGGCUACGAGAACCAUAAAAAUGUAAGCUUUGGCAAAAGUUGGGAGCCGUAAUUCUGCGUUCUUCAUUCUUGCCCGUUGCCUAGGCUCAGCUCAGCAGCUCAGGCUCCAAGUCAUCUUGCCCCACUUGGACCAACGUCUGGUCAUUUUAAAGUUGAAAAUUAUCUAGAUAGCCCAAGUUGCGCUUUGUUGCUGUGAAAGGCCUGCAAUCCAACGAUUGUCAGCACAUUACAUUACAGGCCUAUACAAUCCAAUCCGAAGAAUGGAGACGGAGACAUUCACAAUUCAUAAUGAAAGUUGAAAGUCCUGUGUGUUGCUAUUGGCAAUAAUCAUUGUUGUAAAAUUUUUGCUAUUAAUUCGUUUAUUUAAAUUUGUCUGGCUCAACACCAAAGGCUGGUCUGAGUAAGUCUGUCUGCUCAGCUUUUGCUUUGUUUUGCUUUGCUUUUAGAUUAUGCAAAUACACAAUUUCUCUGAAAUAAUCUCUUUGUGUAAGUCAAAUGAUGCGAACUUCGAGUACUUACGAAUUUCAUGUAAUUUGCAUUUGGCUGCCACUUACCUGAAAAAGAGAUAUGAAAACAUAUUAAAAUACAUUAAAUUGUGCAAAUAUUAGAAUUUAUAAAAGUAAUUUCGUGAGUAGGCAUUGAAAGUUAGUUCUUGAUAAAAAAAAAUGAUCAAUUUUGCUGCAUUAAAUCUUUUAAUAUUUAAUUUGUGGCUCGUUCACGUGAUACAAAAUAUCUAUCGCAUUGGCAGUGAUGAUGCCGCUAAGAAAGGGGUCAACCAACUUGCCGAACACAGAGUCUUCUCCGAUUUGAUGUUGAACGCCUUUAGUGCGAUCAAUGCGCUUUUGCUGUUGCCAACUUUCUUACAGAACCGUGUAAUGGGCUGGCUGUUGGGCUUUAUUCUCACCUGGAAUAUUUUCAUAUAUCAAAGAAUACUUUCAUUCCAACUGCAGCUAAUUUAUGCGCUGUGGAAAAGUCAUGAAAAUCGCUUAAAGUGUGCUUUAAUCAUUUGCUUCCUCAUUGUUGUCAACGGCUUCUACUUGAAUUUCUUUUAUCGAGCUUUAAAACUGCAACGCAAAUCGUUCACUGUCAGUGCAAAAGAGAAAAUGAAGCAGCAUAAAAAGGAAAUGGAAGUGAAAAACGAUUGAAGAUGGGCCAAUAGGCGAUGAGCUUCAUUUGAAUUAAUGUUUGUCCACUUAACUGGGUCGACUCGGCACACAACACACAAAUCACUCACAGGCUUAGGUUUUAACCUUGGCCACACACUCUACUACACUUCACUACACUGCACUACACAAUACGACACUAGUACAAAUUCUAGGUCGUUUGGUUCAACUAAUAAAUAUGCCAAAAAAUACGAAACAGAAAACACAGAGAAACAGGACGCUCGACAUAUACAAAUGAAUCGCAGCUGAGGGCUGCAAAGGGCUCGGAAAUAAAACCAUUAAAUAUUUGCGGUUAAACGCACCAAAAACAAACCGCAAAAGUAAAUCAUACCGAAAGUAGACAUCGGACAUGGCCAAGAAUUUCCCAAUGCUCGUU